AUGGGAUCGUCUGCGAAUACAGAGACGGCGAUGGUCACCGCCUCUCCGGCGUUGAACCACAAGCAUCCGUCAAUCAACGGCGGGGAUGCGAAUCCGUCUCAUAAUACUGCUGCGAUGCUGACAAUCUCCGAAGCGGAUGCGUCGAAGAAGAGAAGGACGGGGGUGCUUCCCCUCGAGGUGGGCACUCGCGUGAUGUGUCAGUGGAGAGACGGAAAGUACCAUCCCGUGAAGGUUAUCGAGCGCCGGAAGAAUCAUACCGAUGGCAACAAUGAAUACGAGUAUUACGUCCAUUACACAGAGUUUAAUAGAAGACUGGAUGAAUGGAUUAAGCUUGAUCAGCUUGACCUUGAUUCCGUAGAGUGUGCCUUGGAUGAAAAAGUUGAAGAUAAGGUGACUAGCUUGAAGAUGACACGACACCAAAAACGGAAGAUUGAUGAGACGCAUGUAGAGGGUCAUGAAGAGCUGGAUGCUGCGAGUUUGCGUGAACACGAGGAGUUCACGAAAGUGAAGAACAUAGCAACGAUCGAGCUUGGGAAAUAUGAGAUUGAGACGUGGUACUUCUCUCCCUUCCCGCCAGAAUACAAUGACUGCGUGAAGCUCUUCUUCUGUGAGUUUUGCUUGAAUUUCAUGAAGCGCAAAGAACAGCUUCAAAGACAUAUGAGGAAAUGUGAUCUGAAGCAUCCCCCUGGGGAUGAAAUCUAUCGAAGUUCUACCCUGUCAAUGUUUGAGGUAGAUGGCAAAAAGAACAAGGUCUAUGCACAGAACCUCUGCUAUCUGGCAAAGCUAUUUCUUGACCACAAAACUCUUUACUACGACGUUGACUUGUUCCUGUUCUAUAUACUUUGCGAAUGUGAUGAUCGUGGAUGCCACAUGGUUGGAUACUUUUCAAAGGAGAAACACUCGGAAGAAGCUUACAACUUGGCUUGCAUCCUUACCCUUCCUCCCUAUCAAAGGAAAGGCUACGGCAAAUUCUUAAUAGCCUUCUCCUAUGAACUCUCAAAGAAAGAGGGCAAAGUCGGGACACCUGAACGACCCCUCUCUGAUCUAGGGUUAGUGAGUUACAGAGGGUACUGGACUCGGAUCUUAUUAGACAUCUUGAAAAAGCACAAGGGAAACAUAUCUAUCAAGGAGCUGAGCGACAUGACAGCGAUUAAAGCUGAAGAUAUCUUAAGCACCCUUCAGAGCUUGGAACUGAUACAGUACAGGAAAGGACAGCACGUGAUCUGCGCAGAUCCUAAAGUACUGGACCGACAUUUGAAAGCUGCAGGUCGAGGUGGUCUUGAUGUAGAUGUUAGCAAAAUGAUCUGGACUCCUUACAAAGAGCAGAGCUAA